UUCCUUUCCGCAUCUGACAAAGAAGACUAACAACGAUGUCGAGGCAUAUAAAAAAACAGCAAAUAAUGCAAGAAGGCACCAUGAACUCCUGAUUCACUCUCUUGCUUCUUCUCCUCAACAUUGAUCUUGCUUUUCUUUCACUCAAAAACUUCAUGGAAACAGAAGUGGCCAAUGAUUUGUCUCCGUUGGCAAAGGUUUACAAGGAUGGCCGAGUGGAGAGACUCAUGAGCACGGCCACAGUCCCUCCAUCUCUCGAUGAGAAAACUGGCGUCCAAUCGAAAGACGUUGCCAUUUCAUCGGACUCCACCGUGUCGGCAAGACUUUACAUCCCUAAAGCAGCGGUCGGCUCUCUCCAAAAGCUCCCUGUACUCGUGUACUUUCACGGGGGAGGCUUCAUAAUUGAAACGGCGUGGUCACCGACUUACCACAACUAUCUCAAUCCCCUCGUUGCAGAGGCUAACAUCAUUGCUGUCUCCGUUGAAUAUAGAAGGGCACCUGAGCAUCCCCUUCCGGCAGCCUAUGAUGAUUCUUGGACUGCCCUCAAAUGGGUGGCCUCUCAUUCUGCUGGAAACGGCCCCGAGGAGUGGUUGAAUUCUCAUGCCAAUCUCAAGAAGGUCUUCAUGUCUGGAGAUAGCGCCGGGGCAAACAUAGUUCACAACAUGGGCAUCCGACUGGGAGAGGAAAAGCUAAAUGGAAUUGAAAUUCCGGGCGUUGUUAUGGUGCAUCCUUAUUUUUGGGGCGAAGAACCAUUGCCUUUGGAGACCACCGAACCCGAGAAGAGGUCCAAGAUCAGGGACAUUUGGCACGCGGCAAAACCGACAACCACCGGGCUCGACGACCCCCUAAUGAACCCAGCGACCGAUCCAAGGCUAUCGGGUUUGGGUGUCAGCAGGGUCCUAAUUUGUGUCGCUGAAAAGGAUAUGUUGAGACAGAGGGGUUGGUAUUACAAGGAGGUGUUGAGUAAGAGCGGAUGGAAGGGAGAUGUGGAAGUGAUGGAAGCACCGGAGGAGGAUCAUGUGUUUCAUUUGGUGAAACCUGGCUGUGAGAAUGCUGAGAAGAUGAUGAAGAAAUUGGUCUCCUUCAUGAACGAGGAUAUAUAGGAUCAAAGGUAUUACUGUCAAUAAGUAGCUUCCGUCGUGUGCGGGGCCAAUUCUUGUUAUCUCUGCCUCUAUUUGUACUGGAAAACAAAGUCUGCUUUUCCAUUUGCCAGGAGCUAUGUUCCGUGAAUGUAAUUUUCGUAUGUGGUUUGUAAGUUUAAAAUCUCGUGGGUAAAAUCGUUUAACUGGCGAA